GAAUUCAAGUUGUCCAAACCGCAUCGCGGAAGAACCAGAGAAGGAGGAUAUAUCAGUGCUUCUUCCACACAAGUUAACUUUUCAUUCAGAAAUCCCAAAAGCAGAAACAUAUAGCGUCGUGGCUUAAUUACGGCUUUUGCUGAAGUACUACCAUAAAUAAUAACAAACUCUCAGUGAUUGCCGUUUUGUACCGGUUAUUAAUUACUUCUACUCUACUAAUUAUCCUUUUUGUAGAAGGGUAGUUAAUUAUUCUUUCGUCUUCUGAUUAUCCGUCGAAGGGGAACUACGGUAAUUGUUGCAGAAAUGCUUCGGGCGCUUAGACCCAAUACCUACAAGGCACACAUGCCCAGGUUAAGUUCAGAAUUCUACGAUUUCCAAGGCGCUGAAGACGAACUGGCCGCCCACCUACUGGCCACCCAUAUCACAAGGCUGGUGCACCGCGCCCGCAAGAAGACCUUGGUCAAACUGAUCUGCCCCACCUACGAGGAGGAGGAGGAGUUCCAGAAAAACUUCGGGGGAGGAAACCGCCAGUGGUGGAGUAAAUUGCUCUCAACCCGGGGCGACGGCGUGUCCGUUUACCUGCCACACGACUUCGUCCCCAGGGUCGUGCGGGAUGUUAUACGCAUGAGCGAAGGGGAGGCACACGGCAUCAGGGGUUGCACGUUAGCACUAGAAGUACGAGACGGCACGAAUCGUGUGAGUUUGGGGAAAAUAGUCUGUGAUCCAAAAGUACCAACCACGUGCACAUUGCACGUUCGAAUGGCCAGGGCUUCGCCCCCACCACAGGCAAUGUCUUCCAACAGUUUCUUAAACCUGGCCACCAUUGAAGACAUCUACAUCAGCCCAGGGUACACUUUGGAAAAGACGCGAAGGAAACCGUCGAAGAAUCCUGCCUAGGCCUAUGUCUUCUCUAAACGCCGGUUCCUAUACUUCCUAUGCGUUUAGGGCGAACAUGACGAUCUGAUGUAUGCGUCUAAAUGCCAGCUAUUAAGAUGUCAUUCCCAGGCGUGCUGUCGUAAUCGAGAUUAACGUACUGCAGACGUGUUUCAAGUGGAGAUAUACGUGCAGACAUCUCUUAGCUUGCGCCGUGCACCGCAUUCUCAUCGUCAUAUUGCGUCAUGGUGACCUUGUUGCAUGCAAGAUAUCUGGGCGUCAGUGGAGGAGUUGCUUCGUUAGUGCAAUAUCCACGAAGUUAUUGUGUCAUUAAGCGACGCAACGUCGUGCUUACAAACGAAGUUUUUAUUUCUCUCUUGCCACACGGUCGUCGUAGAUAUAUAUAACAUUGCGCGAGCAGUCGCCAUCAUAUAGGUCUACUUUUAGAGUUCAUCUCUUCAUCGCUUGUGGUCUUUCAUAGAUUUUUGUUUAUAUAUUUUUGGUACACAUUUGUAAUGGAGGAGUAAACUGUGAUAAUAGUGUA